CUCGAAAGGGAAGCGCCGGCGCCCGCGGCUCUCGGGGGCGGGACUACAGUGCGUUGACGACAGGAGGAGGGGCCCAAACGAGAAACCAAUGGGAUCCAGAAUAAGGGUUUCGUCCCGCCUUCACGCCCAGGCGGCCGCAUCGGAUUGAACGAUGCGGCAGCACUUCCGUCUGCUUUCCCUUGUCACGCGACACCGCCUCUCCCUCCCGCCCUUCUAGGUCUACCUCAGGGCGGGACUGGCGGGUGAUGAGACUCGGCCGGCUGCAGCUGAAGGGACGAGGGCUGGACCUACUGUAAUUACGUCCAAGAUCGUGGUUAUGGCCGAGAAUCACCCUCAGAAUAAAGCCAGGCUCAUCUGUGAGACCCGCCGGAGGUUCGAAGCUGAGUUUGUGUCAGAUAAGUCAGAUAAGUAUGAUCCACGAGAUGUUGAAAGGCUACAACAAGAUGAUAACUGGGUUGAAAGUUACUUACAUUGGAGACAUAAUGUUGUGGAUGAUACACUGAAGAUGAUUGAUGAGAGUUUUCAGUGGAGAAAAGAAUUUUCUGUCCACGACCUUACUGAAUCCUCCAUUCCCAGAUGGUUAUUAGAAGUUGGUGGUAUUUACCUCCACGGUUAUGACAGAGAAGGAAACAAAUUGUUCUGGAUCAGGGUGAAGUAUCACAUAAAAGACCAGAAAACGAUAAUGGACAAAAAGAAGCUUAUAGCAUUUUGGUUGGAACAUUACGCUAAGAGAGAAAAUGGGAAACCUAUCACAGUGAUGUUUGACUUGUCUGAAACUGGACUAAAUAGCAUAGACUUGGACUUUGUACGCUUUAUCAUCAACUGCUUUAAGGUUUACUACCCUAAAUACCUCUCAAAAAUAGUCAUCUUUGAUAUGCCUUGGAUAAUGAAUGCUGCUUUCAAAAUUGUGAAAACCUGGCUUGGCCCAGAAGCAGUGAAUUUGUUGAAGUUUACAAGUAAAAAUGAAGUCCAGGAGUAUGUCAGUGUAGAAUACCUGCCCCCACACAUGGGUGGAACUGAUCCUUUCAAGUAUAGCUACCCACCCCUGGUUGAUGAUGACUUCCAGACGCCACUGUGUGAGAACGGGCCAGUAGCCAGUGAGGAUGAGACAUCGAGUAGAGAAGACGUAGAAAGUGAUGGGAAAGAAACCUUGGAGACAGUUACUAAUGAGGAACAAACAGCUCUUCCAAAAAAGGUUAACCCAACUGAAUCAAGUUCCAAAGCAGAAGAAAAUGAAAAAGUUGAUUCAAAGAUGAAAGCUUUCAAGAAACCAUUGAGUGUAUUUAAAGGGUCCUUAUUACAUAUCAGUCCAGCAGACGAACUAUAUUUUGGAAGUACCGAAUCUGGAGAGAAGAAAUCCUUAAUAGUGUUAACAAAUGUAACUAAAAAUGUAGUAGCAUUUAAGGUGAGAACAACUGCUCCAGAAAAGUACAGAGUCAAACCAAGCAACAGCAGCUGUGAACCUGGUGCAUCAGUCGAUAUAGUUGUGUCUCCCCACGGGGGCUUAACAGUCUCUGCCCAAGACCGGUUUCUGAUCAUGGCUGCAGAAAUGGAACUGUCAUCUGGCACAGGGCCAACAGAAUUGACUCAGUUUUGGAAGGAAGUUCCCAGAAACAAAGUGAUGGAGCAUAGGUUAAGAUGCCAUACUAUGGAGAGCAGUAAACCAAAUACUCUGAUAUUAAAAGAUAAUGCUCUUAACAUGUCAGAUAAAACCAGUGAGGAUAUAUACUUAAAACUCAGUCGUUUACUAGAAAGCAAUAAGAAGUUUGAAGACCAACUUCAGCGUUGUAUUUGGUUACAACAGCUUCUACUUGCCUUAAUAAUGCUCUUGUUUGCUUUAGUUGUCACCUUCUUUUAUUCGUUGUACAAUUAAAAGAAGUGGUGCCUGGACACAAACACAACUCCUUCCUCUGUUGUUAGGAAAAAAUAACAAACCCAAAACGUCUCCACCAAGCUACUAAUCGUACUGCAUAUCUGUGCUUCCUAAAAGGAAAAAUGCAGCACGUAGAGGGGUGUAACAUAUACCUAUAUUGAAAAAACAAACUGUUUAAAUAAACACUGGAGAAAUUCAUUACUAGAGAUUAUAGCUAGUUAGGAAAGUAAGUAAAGGCAUAUGCAUUGUGUAAUUAAUAGCAUAAAUAUAAUUUAUUUGCCUUUCAUUUAAGUACUUUUAAAGCUUAAGUUUUGAACUAGGGAUGUGGCUCAGUGGUAGAGCACUUUCCUAGCAUGCACAAGGCCCUGUCUGGUCCUGAGUACCGCCAAAAAAAGCUUGAGUUUUAUUAUGUAAAUACAUUAGCCAAACUGAAAAAUAAGUAUCAUGCUUUGGUGCAGCCAAAAAAUAUAAUCUGCUUUUUUAUGACAGAAUUAAGAUAGCUGAGCCGACUUACUAGCUUUUCUAUACUAUGUAAAUAAAAGAACAUGUAUAUUGAAAAAGAAAAUAUCCUUCAACAGAGUAGUUUAUGUAAUCUUGACUUUGUAAUUUUGAAACUUACUUCCAGACGAUAGUCAAUAUUCUUUUGGAAUGUAAACCUUUCAAUGCCAAACCACCUUAGCCUUUGUUUCUCAGAGUUCUUUAGUAGACUACCUUUUAUUAAUCCUGGGCUUUUCUAUGAACAUUGUGAUUUGGGUAGGAUUUGGAAAACUAAGUGUGGUUGGAUUCUCUUUGAAUCUUGUUGAGUCUCUCCAAGCAGUCCUCCUUUCCAGCCAUCUCUAUGCAGCUUCCUGUUGUCCACUAUGGCUGGAUACUAAACCUCUUCCCAAAUCAAUUAUAAAGGCCUCAUCCUUCCUUUUUCUUCCAGAUCACAGGAGUUUCUGUGGUCUACAAAUUGCACCAUCUUUACUGUUAUUUCUAAAUGAAAAGUGUUAGAUGACACUUUUCUUUGAAGAGCUAGUUUUUUUGAGAUUCUAAGCAAUAUAACUUAUGGUUCAAACUGUUCCUUGUAAAAUCAACCACAAGUAUGAAUCUUACAAAAGACUGAAUUAUCUCAUAAGGGUGAAAAGGAAAAAAAAAAAGCAUAGAAGCUCAAGCGUCAAGUCUUUGCUCAGAGAAUGAAAAAUACUCCUCAUAUUGGACUGUUACACCUUCAGCCCAGGGCUAACUGAGUUACUUGAUAUUCUACCUUUGGUACAAUAAUACCUACUGGUAUGGUUCCUAAAUUCCUGAAAAGAUAGACCUGGCAGAAGCAGAGGCUAAUGAAAUUGUAGUUUGUUUUCUCAUUCUUAUGGCCAGUUUCUAUCUUUUUGGUUGUGUGUGUACUUUAUAUGAAAGAAAAAAAUAGUCUUCCUGUAAAAUAAACUCUGAGUUUCAACUGAGCCAUGAUUGGAGAUUUAUUCUUAUUAUGGAGUGUAGUGUUAUCUGCUUUCAUCUUAAAUUGGUUCCCAAAAUUGAGUUAUGAAGAAUGAUAUGGAUAGUUCCUUCAAAAUUGACCUAGGAAAUAAAACCUUAAAAGGACACUGGUGUGAUACUUUGUCUUAAUUUGGGCUUUUCUGUUUCAGUUUGCCACCUCCAGAUGUGAAAUGGACUGCUGUCCACCCUAAGUACUGUGCACAGUAUCUCCCUUUGUGUGUGUGCACAGUGCCUUCCCCCUUACAUGGUAGCUUUUUUGGCCUUAACCUAAUCCCAGAGUAUUUGUAUGUUUUUUGUUCCUCAGCAAAUAAAUGAGGAAAUAAUUAGCCAUGAUUGGAACUGUUUUGUCCUAACGGUGUCCCUUUAAUGUUUCAUAUGAAAAUUUUAUUGACUCACUAAAAUAUCUGUCUGGUCAGUUAAAUUUGGUAACCUAUCUUGUUAACGUUUGUCUAUUAAAUGUGACUAAAAAUUACCAAAAAUUAACUAUAAAGUCAAAGGCAUCUAAACUUUUGUACUUGUCUUGAUUAAUCAUAUAUAUUUACAUUUGAUUUUAUAUGUCAUCAUUUGGUUCUAAUUACAUUUGCAUGAUUAUUAUUUUUGGUACUCUAAUCAAUAAUUUCCUUUUUCUCAUGCCAUUACCUGUUCAUGACCAAAUUACCAAGGACUUUCAUUUAGAUUUUGGUUUUAGCUUUCACAUAAGAAUGAAAAUAGUUUUUUCAUGAAAACAUUAACAAAAUAUCAUUAGCUUGAUCUGCAAGUAGUUUAAAAAUGCAAUUGCUGUUAAACCUAGCCUCAAAUUUCAUAAUACCAUAACUGGUUUUAUAUCUUGCCACUAAUUUUGACUGGAUUUAAUAGCAC